AUGGCUCUAAGGUGGCUCAAUCAGCAAAACGAUAACACCAACUUCACAGGUUUUGGUGCUGACCCUGCUGGGAGGGAGCAGGCUCUGCCAAUGGACAACAGGAGGAUCCAGCUCCUGGCCAACAUAGGGGGGACGCUGCCCCGCGGGCGCAAGCAGCUUGCCCUAGCCAGAUCCAGCUCCUUGGGUGACUCCUCCAGGCCACAGAGACACCUUGUUGCUAUAUUGAAAGAAGAUAAAGAGGCAUUUGGGUUUGAAAUCCAGACUAUAAGAUUUCCAAACCAAAACAAUUACUCCUUGGACGUGUGUACUUGUGUCUGCAAAAUUCAAGAAGAAAGUCCUGCUUAUCUGUCUGGCCUUCAAACUGGUGAUAUCCUUGCCAGUAUCAAUGGUGUGAACAUUGAUGGCUAUAGUCACAAGCAAAUAGUGGACUUGAUAAAGUCUUCAGGGAACUAUUUAAGGUUAGAGACUGUCAACGGGGCCAUGUUUGUGCGGAAGAUGGAGCUCGAGACCAAGCUGCAGCUACUGAAGCAAAGUCUGCAGCAGAAAUGGGUGGAGUUGCGCUCUCUGCUCUUACAGGAACAACGCUUGCUGCACGGGGAGGUGAAUGACAACGUGCUGCUGGGUACACUGGAGCUGGAAGAGGCCAGCUUGCUCAGUGGUGGCAGCACGGUAGGACACCUCUUUCCAGUGAAGCCUCGCUUCUCCAGUGAGAGCAGCUCCCGCAGCCGGCUGAGCUCCAUGACCAUGGACAGUGAGGACAGCUUCUACCAGAGCUGUGCCUUUGAGGAUUCAGCGGCAGAGAGCCUGAGCCGCCAGUCCAGCGUGGAUGAUGACUGCUUCUUCCCCAGGGAUGGAGAUGGUGCUCCUGGGAGGUCGUCACUGAGGAGGAUCCGCAGUAUCAGCCUGGCCAGCAGUGGGUCCAUGUCUCCACUCUGGGAGGGCAGCAGCUGCACCAGUAAUUUUGGGACCCUCCCAAGGAAAAGCAGGAGACCCAGUGUCCGAAAGAAUAUUUUUAAGUUCAUUCCAGGCCUUCACCGGGCAGUGGAAGAGGAAGAAAGUAGAGUCUGACAUUGCACAUCUGUCCUUGAUGCCCAGGGCUCUAUACGUGGGACUGCUACAUGACCUGGGACCAUGGGCAGCAGCUCAGUGGAGGCAUGCAGUGGGUGAUACGUGGUGGUGCUGCAUGGGAGUCCUCCAGACAACAGUACUGAUGAUAUUUAAAAAGCUCUGGGAUUUUCAAGUAUUUUAAUUUUUAACCAGAGCACA